UAGAUUAUUUGCGAUUGAAAUAGGUGGUAACAAUAAUACCGGAGACAGUUUUGUUUAAGCAGUGUAAAUACAAACAUGGCGCCGUGGCUAGACCUGCCUUACGAUAUAAGGACCGUGACGCCAGAGGAAGAUAAAAUUAUUAAAAGGUGUUUGACAGGGUACACUCGAAGCUUCGUGAAAUGCGGGAAGAACGAGUACAUCAUGCCUGGGGUGUUCAGGAAACACGCGCAGGCGAUCUACAACCUGCCCGUGCGACCUGAUGACGUAUGGGUCAUCACCUUCCCCAGAUCAGGCACAACAUGGACCCAGGAGUUGAUAUGGCUAGUACAAAACAAUUUGGACUACGCCGCUGCUAAAGAAAAACCUUUGUAUGAAAGGUUUCCUAUGCUAGAAACCACUACUCAGAUACCAGAAAUUGCCUUCGAGCUGAUCAAAGCGAACUUUAUGGGCCUCAAGUCGUUUCAAGGCUUAGGCCAUGCCGUCAAGAAGCCUAGUUGGAAGAUCAUAGAAGACCUAGAAUCUCCAAGAUUCAUCAAAACCCACAUGCCUCUAUCACUUUUGCCACCGAAUUUGCUCAAGACUGCAAAAGUUGUGUACGUCGCGAGGGACCCACGAGAUGUCGCCGUGUCGUACUACUAUUUACACAAAAUGGUGAUGAAGAAUUUAAUGAGGACAAACUUUAAUAUGUUCUGGGAGGCGUUUAGAAGAGAUUUAUUGCCCUGGGCACCUAUAGUGGCGCACACCAACGAAGCCUGGAUGAAACGCCACGAGCCCAACUUACAUUUCGUGUUCUAUGAAGAUCUGAUAAAGGACCUGCCAAAAGAAAUCCGCAGGAUAUGCAAGUUCCUCGGCAAGGAGUACAAAGACGAGGAGAUAGACCGGCUGUCGUCUCACCUCAGCUUCGAAAGCCUCCGCAAGUCGAAGACUGUCAACAAUACCGCUGGAGGGAAAGGCAAUGAUAUACAGUUCAUAAGAAAAGGUGAAGCCGGCGGCUGGCGGGCUCAUUUUGACAAAGUCAUGACGAUCCAAUCAGAAGAGUACCUCGUCCAGCGGCUCCGGGGGCUUGACUUGGAGUACCCUUCGCUCAGCUACACAAAGGGGGAAAUGACGCACUUAUAGACUAGUUAAAACCGGUAUUAUUAUAGUAUUUAUGCCAAUGGAAUUUGAAACGCGAUUGUCCUUUGAAAUAUGGUUUGGUUUUUCACAGUAUUGUGUUUAGAACACGUGAUGCCACCGAAAAUUAACAAUACAUAACUCACCAUUUAAUUUGGAAACACUUGAGAAAGAAUCAAAAAAGCGCGAAACUAUUGACUCGCGAAUAAAAUACUUAUACUAUUUCGAUUGUACCGAAGCCAGUAUCACACAUGAAAUAAAAUAUAUUGGGAACAUAAACAAAAAAAAAAGUAAAUUUGUGGUGAAUUUCAAUUUAGCCGCUGUGUUCUUUACAAAUAUAAAUGAUUUAAAAAGUCAUCAUGAAUAAAACAAUUUAACCGGAUAAUUGUUUUGACAUAAAGGAAUGGUACUUACUCAAUGUGCCGUCCCUACAUAAGUGAGAAAAGGUCUAGAAAGAAAAGAUGCAUUGGACAGUCGUUUAUUUUUUGUUAGGGUAGUUAGCCUUUCGUUCUUUAUAGAAUUGUUGACGUUGAAGAUCUCAGCCCUUAAUGUGAAAUGUGCAUGAGAGUUAGUAUAAGUUAAAAACAUUGUGGAGAACAAAAUAAUAUUAUACUAAAGUUGCGUUAUAUUAAGUAAUAGUUUUGUUUCUAUAUCAAGACAAAAUUAGGUCGUACUAUCUAUUUGUCUUACAACUGUUGCUAUAGUAUAAUAGUAUAUUUAUUUGAUUAUUUUCUGACUAAAUACGGACGACGCUAAAAUGUGUAAUAUAAACGUGAGACAGAAAUAUAGUAACGUCAAAAUACAAUAUUUGUUAUCUGUGUUUGAUAUUUGAUAAUGAUACCACAGAUAAUCCUAGUAACGUACGUUUAAAUUCCAAGAUUUAUCAGUAGUUAUAAUUCUAAAAACUUAGGAUUUAUGCAAAGAGAAUACAAUCACACGUUUGUUUCAGAAUAUUAUCACAUUGCAUUUAGAAUUACACAAGUAUUUAUUUAGAGAGAAUUCAAGUAAAACUUUUUGAAUUCACUAUGUUUUUAAAAAAGUAAAUUUGCGUAUAAUAAAAAUAUGAGGUUUUGACCUGUAGUGGGAGUGAAUAAAAUUGUAUGAGACGAAUCGAUAGUUGUAAGAAAAUACCAAAGAUAGGGAUUGUAAUUAUUUUUUUUGUUUAGGCACAUCAUCGAGAUAAACAUAAAACAAUCACGUGGUGUUUAAGUAUGUGUGCAAAAUACAUUAACUUACUACAAAUAGAUAUAAUAGUAAAAUUUACUACAAAUAAAGAUAUUAUAAAAACUGUCAGCAUUAAAUAGCCAUUAAUUAAUAAUAAUUACAAUGUCAACAUGAUUUUAAAAAGUGUAAUUUUAAAAGUCAUUUCAAUAUAGUUAUAUUGUUACAUAUUUUCAAUAUUGUAGUAUCAUAUUUUCCAAAAGAAAUAUUUUGAGGCGUUUUUAAACAAUUUUACAUUUAAAUCUUUGAUUCCUUGUGGAUUUUUGUUAAACAGUUUAGGUGCAUUGCACAUUAUGCUAUUUUUCAUAUAAUAACCGAAUAACCGAACGUGAUUGGGAAAAGGAAAUAAAAAUUAUAACUCAUCAAUAAUAUUUUGUCAACCAAUCACGUUCGUGCUGUUCCAAGAUAAUGUCACAGAUUAUUUCACUUUAUAAGGAUGUCACUUCACAAAAUAUACAUAAGCGUAGUUUGUUGAUAAUUUACGAAAUAAUUUAUAAGCAAACAAAUGUGAGAAUUCUAUUAUUUUUUCAAUAAAAAUAGGAUUACAGUUAUUCAUUGGUUGUAAAGAAAAAACGAAUGCAAUUAAGCAUUUUAAAUAUAUUGGUGGAAUUGCCCCAAAAAAUUAUUCCAUAGCUGAGUUCAGGAACAUAAUAUGCAGCAAGCAUAGUUUUUGUAAUUAGUUGUUUAGAAAAAAAUGACUAGAUUUUUACUUGGUUGUGAUAAAUGUAUAAUAUUUCCGCGCCAAAAGAAGUUCCGUAUACUCGGACAGAUGUCGACAUGAAUGCACGAACAUUGCGUAUUUCGUAUGAGAGCUUUUAUUUCCUGCAAUGAAAACCUAGCAAUGUAUGUCGAAUCCGCCAGUGCGGCGAACUGUUCCGCGAAAAUGUAUAGCUGUCAUUAUAGUUUCUAACAACAACAACGUGGCCGAUCUCUUAUUGAUGCCAUAUAUUGCCGCAGAACCUCUUUCGUGGCGCAGACUCGUUGUUAGAACGUUAAAAAUGAUGGUACCUAAGUAAUACUUUAAUUUGAUAGUUGUCGCUAGUUAAUUUAUUAAAGGGAAUGGGUGGGCAAUCAUAUAUUCAUAAAUAGCCGGCCAAGUGCGAGUCGGGCCACAGCCAACAAUUGAUUUGAUUUGAUGUAUACGAUGAAAGUUGAAUAUUACGAUGACAUACUUAGAAAUUGUAUAAAUUGUGAGAAAUGUUUUCUUUUGUUAGCAUUAUUAGGCCCAUAAUAUCCAUCACAAAUUAAACUGUGAAGAAUAGUUUAAACUAUUGCUCGAUUGUUUCUUAAGAUAGUUAUCGUAUAACCUUCAAUCCUAGUUUAAUCUACAGUUUGGACUACCAUACGGUUUAACUACGAUCAACGAUUUUAAAAUGGCGCUCACUCGGUAAUCAGCUGAUUUUAUGACAUUUGAGUGUCAUUGUCGCUGAUUAAUUUGAUCACAAUGACAAUGACAGUUUACUUUUUUUUUGCAAGUGUUGUAAAUGUAACGCAAAUAAUGAACGACUGGAUGAAUGCAUAAAACGUAGAAUGUGUAUAUAAAAAUGAAUCGGAGUUGACCUAAUGCUUUUUGUUUUGUCGAUAUUACGAGUAAAGCUUAUAGUUUAAACCAAAGAUUGAAAUAAACUGUAGAUUAGUUAUCUGUAGUUUGAUCUGUGAUAUAUAUUACGGGCCUUGUAUUAUUAGCUUUAAUCACAACUGCAUGUGUAUUUAACAUGACAAACAACUCUUAGGGUUAUAAAUGAAAUAAAUUUAAAUAAUUCAGUUCCUACACCAAAUUAAAUAUCCUCUGCGUGAUUGUUUAUAAAGGGUCGCAUAAUUUAUUUUGUCUUAUACUUUGUCAUAUCGGUUUCAGCAUAAUAGAUCUAAGGCAUAUGGGUUUUUAAGGUCUAAGGCAUGUAGAUUUUUGGCAUACGGGUAAAUGUGGCAUAACUAAGUAGGCAUAAUUUAUUAGGUUAGGUUACUGGUUAGUUAUGCUUCAAAUACCUAGUUAUACCUUAACUUAAACAACAUUAUGCUUUAAAAUCAUUAUGCCAUAAUACAAUAUAUAUUACACACUAAAACUUAAAUUUUGAUGCUUAUAUACAGAGACCCGUUUAUAAAUAUUUA